AUGGCUACCGAUAAUACAAUUUUGCGGUGCGAGUACAUAAUCCCACAAAAGAAAAGAAGAUGUGGCAUGUCCCGAGCAGCCAAUACUAACUACUGUGUUGAGCAUUCUCAAGGUAAUGCUGAAGUGAAGGACGAUAAAGAGAGAGUUAGGGUACCCUGUCCUCUGGAUCCGAGUCACACUGUUUGGAAGCAUAAUUUAAAAAAACAUGUAAGGAUAUGUAACAAGGCGAAGAUCACACAGGCCACUGCUGCUCAGCCAUAUUUUAUUAAAGAUUUGAACAGAGGUCCUGCUGAACUGGUAGAAAAUGAAUUGAAUAAUGCUAACUUAAUCGAAAGUGUACAAUUGCUGCUGGAAGCAUUAAAUGAGUAUGAAGAGCCCCAAGAACAAAUCAAGAAGAAUGAGUUUAUGGAGAGUAAUAGGCUUAUAGAAUUGUCCAAUACAAUUAAGAAACAUGCCAAACAGCAAUCGUCAUUGAUACAGAACUUGUUUGAUGUUGAAUUAAUACCUUCUGGUAAGAUUAUGGAGUUUGGUUGCGGAAGAGCAGAAUUUUCAAGGUACAUUAAUCAAACAAUAAUCAAUAAUGAUCCUUACCAACUACAAGAUGAUUUGCCAAAAUAUGUGUUAAUUGAUAGAGGAUCUAACAGAAUGAAAUUUGAUAAGAAGUUUCAAGAUGAUUUGAUGGCUUUAAGUAAAAACCCUGAGAAAGUCAAGCAAAGGAUUGCGAUUGAUAGAUUAAAACUCGAUAUUAAAGAUCUGAAACUAUCUACGGUUAUAGAAGAACAUGAUGGCUGUCUUGCCAUUUCCAAACAUUUGUGUGGUGUUGCAACUGAUUUAACAUUGAGAUGUCUACAAAAUUGCAUUGAGGAAACCAACGGAAAGUUUAAAUUACAAGGUAUUUGUAUUGCCAUGUGUUGCAGACAUGUGUGUAAUGCCAGAGAUUACAUAAACCCCGACUAUAUCAAAUCGUUCUUGGAAUCUAAGCAUUCUCAGAUCAACUACAAAACAUUUUUUGGUCACCUGUCUAAAAUGUGUUCCUGGGCCACAAGCGGUCGAAGACCAGGCAUGAAUGAUGAUGAUAUUGUCCAGAUAGAAGGGGAUAAUCAAGAACAAUUGUCUAUCUCACUAUUGCAGAGAGAGAAAAUUGGUCUAUUUGCUAGAUAUUUGAUAGAUAACGGUAGAUUGGAAUGGGUGAAGCAGAAUUUGAUGAAUAACAAGAUGAAGAAUGCCAAAAUUAUUAAGUAUAUUGAGCCAGACGUAUCUCGGGAGAAUAAUGCUUUACUUGUUUACUAG